UCAUGGCGGCUGUUGUGCAACCGCUUGUGAAUGUUAAGAAUUGGGAAAAAGAAAAAUCAUCGAUCAUAAAACUAUGUCAAUCGUUAACAACGGAUGCGUCAAUCGAGUCACAUGGAGAAGACUUCCAUAGCGCUCAUUCAAAUUAUUGCCAAGUUUUGUAUGAACUAAUUUCUUACGUGGCAAGAGGUCUUCUGGAGCUAGAUGAAGCAAAACAAGUCCUUACUGAGAUCGUCGGGCAUGAUAAAGAGAAGCAAUCUAUUUUGGUUGAUGUGAUUUCCAUCAUGGAUGUUGAUGUUCAAUUCUUGGGAAAAGAGGAACAUGAUCAAUUCACAUCUCUUGUGUCUGCAUUAGUGAGCACGUCAGUGGUUUCAGAAGAACUUAUGAAGGAGCGAAUUGAUGUUGAAACAUUGGAAUCACUUGGUUUAGUGCAAUCAAUGAAAAGAUUCAACACUAAAUUUAUCAAAAUCAAAACUGUUCUUUUUUACAAGCAACAAAAAUUCAAUCUUCUUCGAGAGGAAUCUGAGGGUUAUAGUAAACUGAUCACAGAACUUGGUCAAGAAAUGGACACCAUAAACAUGUCAUCAUUGUUGGAAAACAUUAAAUCUUUGAUUGGGAGGUUUAAUCUGGAUCCAAAUCGUGUACUUGAUAUUAUGUUGGAUGCUUUUGAAUUACAUCUUGAGCAAGAAGAAUUCUUUACCACAUUUUUUAAAGAUUUUUCAUCAAAUUAUCAUAAAUCUACUAUCUGUCACAUCUUGGGAUUUAAAUAUCAAUUUUAUAAGGAUCUACCUGAAGUGAGAACUCCUCAUGAGUUGCUAUAUGUUACUGCUCUUCUUAUAAAACAUGAAUUACUGGAACUUGAUGAUAUAUAUGUACAUCUUAGUCCCAGUGACUCAGAGAUAUUUGAAGAAAAUAAUCAGGAAAUAAUUGAUGCAAACCAAGAAGCAAAGAAAAUGAAUGCCGCUAUUCUUGUGUCGGAUGUUCCUACUGAAGAGAGUAAGGAGAACGAAGUAAAAGAACCAUUGAUUGUGCAAAAAAGAUUUAAUCAAAAGUUUGGUAUUUGUCAUGCACUCCUUCAGCUUGGGGCAUGGAAUCAAGCUAAACAAGCGAUGGAUAAACUACCAAAAUACUCCGUUAUUUCUGAAGCACCUGUUGUGAAAGCCUUGUGUGAACUUGUACACGUUCUUAUUGAACCUCUAUAUCGUCAAUAUUCAACUAAAGCUGCACGUGGUCGACCUUACUCCAACAUGUUGUAUAACGGACAUGCGCAGUGCAUGUUAUUUACUGACUUAACCAAUUGUGUAUUUCCCAUGUUGCUUCAACUUGGGCCUUUUUUGUCUUUUGAUCCGAUUUUAAUGGCCAAAGUUGUGAGGAUUGGACGGUUUUUUUUAAAGGAGAACCCAAACUGUUCAUCUAUUCAAGACAAAGAUUCCAAACUGCUGGCGGUUUGGAAUGGUCUUAUUGAUUUAGUUGACCAAGUAUUAUUUCCUUCACUCACCUUACUGGAAUGUAAUCCUAGUAUUGCUGAAGAAGUAUGGAUUUUACUCAAGGCUUUUCCUUAUACUAUAAGAUAUUGUCUUUAUGGACGAUGGAAAAAUUACUCUUACAAUGUUCAUCCGAAGCUGAUUGAUGUUAAAGCAAAAACCAUAAAGAAAGCAAAAUAUAUUGCAAAACGUUUAUCAAAGGAAAAUGUUAAACAAUCUGGUAGACAAAUUGGUAAAUUGAGUCACAGUAAUCCUGGUGUUCUAUUUGAAUAUAUUUUAAGUCAAAUACAAAAAUACGAUAACUUUAUUGGCCCCGUGGUCGAUUCCUUGAAAUAUCUGACGCCAAUGUCUUAUGACGUUUUAGCAUAUUGUAUUAUUGAGGCUUUAGCGAAUCCAGAAAAGGAAAGAUUAAAGUUGGACGAUACAAACAUCUCAGAGUGGUUGAAAAGUCUUGCGAUCUUUUGUGGAACAGUAUUUAAGAAAUACAGCAUCGAAUUGACUGGUCUACUUCAGUACGUUGCCAAUCAACUAAAAGCUGGCAAAAGUUCAGACUUGCUUAUUUUACGAGAGGUCGUUCAAAAAAUGUCAGGAAUUGAAAUAUCCGAAGAAGUAACAAUGGAUCAACUUGAGGCUUUAUCGGGAGGGGAAAUGUUGCGUGCUGAGGGUGGAUGGUUUGGACAGAUAAGAAAUACAAAGAAAUCAUCACAAAGAUUGAGAGACACUUUAAUGAAUGGCGAUCUUGCAUUUCCUUUGUGUAUAUUGAUGGCGCAACAACGUAACUCCAUUAUCUUCUUUGAUGAGCCUUCUAAUAGACAUUUGAAACUUGUUGGAAAAUUAUAUGACCAGUGUCACGAUACUAUGGUUCAAUUUGGGGGUUUUUUGGCUACACAAUUAAACAAAGAGGAUUACGUUAACAAUUUGCCUUCUUUGGAAGAUCUUGUUCAGAAUUUUUCUAUAUCUCAGGAUGCUGCUUUUUUCUUGGAAAGACCCAUGUUUGCUAAUAAAAUACAGGCAACUUUUGAAGAAGCUGAAAAUAACGAAAAAUCAAAAAAUUUAUCCCCAAAGCAAAUUUUUAAACUAUAUAUAAAUGCUGUAAACUCAGUGCUGGAGCCUAUCACGCAAAGUGUCAUAAAUCUUCAUCCAUUGAGAGUUUGGAAUAACAUCAGUCCGCAGUUGUACGUUGCGUUUUGGUCUCUUACAAUGUAUGACUUGCAUGUUCCUGUUGAAAGAUACGAAGCAGAGAAAAAUAAAAUAUCAGAUUUGUUAGUAAACGUGGAUGAAAACAAAGAAUUGAACUCCAUGAGCAAAAAGAAGAAGGAAAGAGAAAGAUGUCUGGGUGCUAUUGAAAAACUGAAAGAGGAACAGAAAGAACAAGAUCAGCAUACCCAAAGAAUCAAAGAAUGGUUGAAACAUGAACAAGAUAAUUGGAUACCUUCUAAAUCAUCAAAGAACGAGUCUGUCACUCAGCUUUUGCAGUUGUGUAUUUUUCCACGAUGUGUUUUCACUGCCAGUGAUGCGAUUUUCUGCGCUAGAUUUGUCCAUAUGCUUCAUAACUUAAAGACGCCAAACUUUUCAACUCUUUUGUGUUUUGAUCGGGUUUUCUCUGAUAUUUCAUAUACCGUUACAACACUUACAGAAAGUGAAGCUAGCAGAUAUGGUCGUUUUCUAUCAUCAAUGUUGGAAAUUGUCAUGCGGUGGCACAAAGACAAAAAGAUCUACGAAAAGGAAUGUGGAAGUUAUCCAGGUUUUGUGACUGUCCUACGAACAACAAACACCGACAAAGCUGAACAUCUAGAUUACGAAAAUUUUCGUCAUGUUUGUCAUAAAUGGCAGUACAAACUUACCAAGGCCUUAGUGGUGUGUCUUGAGUCAAAAGACUAUACUCAAAUAAGAAAUACGAUGAUGGUGUUAAUAAAGAUCCUCCCUCAUUAUCCAAAAGUGUCUAACCUUGGUAUGGCUUUGGAAAGACGUGUUGAGAGAAUUUGUGAAGAGGAAAAAGAGAAGAGAAAAGACCUUUAUGCUUUGGCAAUUGGCUACGCUGGAAGAUUACGUUCACAUAAAUCUGAAAUGAUUCCUGAAGGAAUGUUUCAUAGGAAAGCUCCUGAUGCCAAGACUAAUGCAAGUACCGCUAAUAUUGCUUCCCACAAUGGAGUUAAAGCAACCGAAAAUAAACAGGAGAUUGAAGAAAAAUCUACGUCAUCAUCCCAAGGGAAACAUGAAAACAAGCUACAGAGGGAGAAAAAAGUGAAAGUGAUUCGAUCAAAGACCAUCAAAAUGAUGACAAUAAGACCUCCAUUAAAACUUCUUCCCAAAAUCUUUCGUCUGAAAAAAAUUCAUCAUCAUCGCUCAAGAAAACACCUUCCAGUAAUGGUAUGAAGAACAAUGUAAGUACUACCAACAAAAAAUCGUCAUCAAAUGACGUUGCAGGAAGAACAAAAGUGAGUCAAGUAAGUCAACAGUAAAAGAAUCACCAAAGUCUAAAGAACAAAAAGAAAAUGAACGAGAAAAACAAAAAGAUUAUGAUAAAUCAAAAAAUAACGAUUUAAAGUCGAAACGUAUAUCUGCAAACAAUGUUGAUUCUCCUCAAGAUGAAUACGACAAAGAACCGAAAAGACGUAAAAUUGAUAAAAACGAGAGUCAUUUAUCUUCUCCGAGCUCAUCAAAGGAAAGUACACCAAGCACUCCAGUUGAAGCAGCAUCAAAGAAUGAAGAAAGCAGACCUAGUAAAGAGAAAGAAAAAAAUCAAAAAUUAGAUCGCAAGAGAACAACAGAAGUUGUCGAUGCUAAAGAAAUAAAACGAAGAAAAGAUGACGAAACGAGUCCAAGCAGAAAGACGCCAGCUUCUGAUGAAAAACCGAAAGAAAAAGAAGUUGUUUGCGUCUUAAUGUUGUUAAUUUCUGUAUUUUAAAGAUUCGGCGACGAUGAAUUUUUCUGUUUGCAGGAAAAGAUAAAACCAACAGUAAUUAAACUAUCGCGCGAUGAUAAUUCGAAGAAAGAUCGCGAAAAAAUCAAAGAUAAAGAUAAAUAUAAGGAAAAAACUAAAUUGAAAGAAAAGGAAAAAGAAAAGAAGAAAAAAACCGAAGAAAAAUCGUCGAAUAAUAAGAAAGAGCUCAAGAGCAAAGAUAAGGAAAGUAGGGAAGAUGAAAAAUCGCAAAAGAAGCCACAUUCAGAGUCAAGAAGAAGUAGAUGACACAACUAACAAUGUCUCAAAACGUUAAAUACAUUACGACAGAGAAAGCGUAACUAUGUUGUCUCGUUGCUUGUUGUUGUCAUGGUGAUUUUUGAUUUAUAGCAACUUUUUGUGAUCCGUCUUAUCCGACUUUCUCCGGAUACGUUGGCUAAUUUCUGUCUUAUUUUAGCUUUAUUUAUGUUAAAUAUGUAUUCGCCAAUCAGACCAUCCAUGAACAAUAAUAACUUUUAUUGAAAGUUUUUAUUGAAAACACAUUGACGAUGUUUGCGUUAUAAAAAGUGAAAAAAUCUGAUCUUGGAAGGUCUGGGCUUUUUUAAAGAAUUACUGAAAUUUUACAACAUGUUCACGCUUUUUAUUUCUUAGCAUAACUUUAUUCAUUUUAAUGUUGUAUUGUAAUUCCGGGACUAGGAGGGCUAAUACACUUUCACAAUAAAAAUCACUGUUCCACUGUGAACCAACAUAAAA